AUGUCCGAUCGCAACGAUGUAUCAAAGGACUCACAGCUGAGCUUUUCGUUCGCUGCCUUGUAUCAAUUCGAGACCGCACUCGCCUUGAAACACUUUGAUGUAAGUAAAAGAGCUAAGUUUGUUGGAAGUUCAGCGGGAGCUUUGACUGCAGCUGCUAUCAUAUUGGAUGUAGAUUUGAUUCGGCUCAAAGAUACGCCUUUCCAGCUACGGAAAUAUAAAACGGACAUUGCUGAUGAGAUGCUCGGUCCUGCACGAUUCUUAUCUAACCAAUCGAAACUCUCAGAACAGCUGGAAGUUGUGGUGACAGUCCUACCGAGAUGUCACACUCUUCGUUACUCCAAGUAUAGAAACUACGAACACUUCAAAGAUGUCAUGUUGGCCAGUUGCACUGCCUCGCCUAUUGCCGGAUUUCCAUUUUUACUAGAUGGACAAAUAUGCGCAGAUGGGGGUUUGUCAGAUUUCCAGCCAUUGAUAGAUGAAAACACUGUGUCCAUUUCCCCUUUCUACUUCCAUUGAGCGGAUAUACGACCUUCUCAAUACGUGUCCGUUUAAUGGGCUGUAUAUCCUGGAAGUGCUACUGAAUUUGAAGAUCUUUUCAGGCUAGGCUACAAGGACGCAGUCGCCUGGGUGCUGUCAAAUGGACAUCGUCAACCAAAAGGAUAUGCAAAUCCCGAAUGGUUGUGUAUUCCUCUCCGAAAUGAUAGACAACCAAGUCACGUAGACACUGGCAAUCAAAAUUCAACUAUUGUAAACGAUUUAGCAACAUAGUGAAAGCGGAGAAUGCUGUCAAAAGAAUUUUGAGGCGGACACAGACAGAUGUGCGAUUGGUAUGCAGGCAAGCAAAAGUUGUCAUUGUCCACAAACGUUACCGGGCUUUGCACUCCACUUCACGUCAUGACAGUUUGAACGGUGCUAGCUCGGGCGCGGAGCCUCAGCUUGUAAACACAACUUCGAUAAGCCACACUCCCAAAUCAGAUUUUUACGAAUUCUGUCUGUUUUGUGACCUUCAUGUUCUUUCUGGUAAGACCUUUAACUUACCUUAUGCUAUAUAUAGAAUUGCUGGCUGAUGGUCACAUACACAAGCUUGGCACAGUCACUAAUAUACGAC